CUCCUUUUGAACCAAUCAAAACAAACUGCUUGGACCACAAGCACAAACGCUUUGCCUCUCCCUCCAAAUAUAUUUGCACGCAGAUGCCCAGUUCCACAAUCAGUCCGCACCCAAGCCCCGCACGGAUCACCCUUCGCCGCAAAUUCAUCUAGGGUUUCAAGUUUCAUCCUCCGAUCUCCCAUUCUCAGAACGAUGAGCUCUUCUGCUUCUUCCAAAGGCGGCCGCGGCAAGCCCAAGGCCUCCAAAUCCGUCUCCCGAUCUCAUAAGGCUGGCCUCCAGUUCCCCGUCGGCCGUAUCGCACGCUUCCUAAAAGCCGGGAAAUAUGCCGAACGCGUCGGCGCCGGUGCCCCCGUCUACCUCUCCGCUGUUCUCGAAUACCUUGCCGCUGAGGUUCUUGAGCUCGCGGGCAAUGCGGCGAGGGAUAACAAGAAGAAUCGGAUCGUGCCCAGGCACAUUCAACUUGCGGUGAGGAAUGACGAGGAGUUGAGCAAGCUUUUGGGAACGGUUACGAUUGCAAAUGGUGGUGUUUUGCCCAACAUUCAUCAGAAUUUAUUGCCGAAGAAGAGUGGUAAAGGCAAGGGCGACAUUGGAUCUGCGUCGCAAGAGUUUUAGGGUUUAAGGGGUAUGGUUUGCUUUUUCUAUGUGGUUGGCGAUGGGAUCUCUGUUGUGAUCAUGGUAUGUUAGAUCCCUGUAUGAACCCCAUUACAGUGGGAGUGGGGGUGGGGGUGGAGUUUUGGUUGAAUAUAGAAUAAAAACAAUAACGUUGUGAAGAUCGACUUGUAUGUGCGACGCUUUUUGAUUCAUAUUAUGAAGAAAGAGAUUCGUUUUGCUCUAA